AUGGCGCCCAGUGCCACUCCCGAUCGCAGCUUUGUGACAAACGGGGAUCAUGCAAGGCAUGGCAACUUCGAUCUUGUCAGGAGGGUGGAGCUAGAGUACGCGCCGGGCAUGAGCAUGGAGAAGUGGCAGAGCAGAAAGACUGGAUUUACAGUGUACUGGGCGGAUUUCGAAAGCCCGCUGCUGAAUAGCUACGCCACGAUCGCCUCGGAGAUCUUCCAAGAUAGCGGCGUGCCGCACACUCUCGAGCACUUGAUCUUCCUUGGAUCCAAGCAGUACCCAUACAAGGGCGUGCUGGACUCUUUGGCCAACAGAGCCUUCGCUUCCGGCACCAACGCGUGGACCGCCAACGAUCACACGGCAUAUACGCUCACCACGGCGGGGUCCGAUGGAUUCCUCAGGAUGCUCGACGUCUAUCUGGAUCAUACCUUCUUUCCUACUCUGACUCAGUCUGGGUUCGUCACCGAGGUGUAUCACGUCAAUGGAAAAGGAGAGGAUGCCGGCGUUGUUUUCAGCGAGAUGCAAGGUCGCGAGAAUACCGCUGGAGACUUGAUGGAACUCAAAAUGCAGCGAAUGCUGUACCCUCCCACCUCGGCUUAUCGCUCCGAGACUGGCGGGCUCAUGUCGGCCUUGCGUGUGCUUAGUAUAGACGACAUCCGAGAGUAUCACCAAAAAUACUACACACCGCACAACAUGGCCCUGGUUGUGUGCGGGCCAUUGGAGAGAGCAGCGCUUUUGGACUCACUCGCGCCCGUAGAGAAGCGACUAGAGGACGCGGGACUCGGGCAUGGUGUCGCCGGACCGCCCGGCUGGAAGCGUCCAUUCGUGGAAACCCCGAGCAAGAUUCCUCCGACCAUCGAUGGCUCGCAGACGCUUCCUGGUCUCGACCCGGCGGAUCCUGAUCCGACUCAAGAUAAGCUGAGAAGGCGUGCCUUUGUCGCUUUUCCAGAAAAGGAUGAGAGCGUCGGCGAAGUGGCCAUCACGUGGGUUGGCCCAGAGUAUAGUGACUUCCAAACCACCGAAGCGCUGAGCGUCUUAAGCACUUAUCUCAUUGAUUCUGCGGUUUCGCCGGUUCAACAAGCAUUCGUCGAGCGUGACGAUCCGCUCUGUACGGACGUCUUCAUCCAGAGCGAAGAUCGCGCGGGCAAGACGACCAUCACUGCCUACUUCUCAUCCGUACCUACCGCGUCAUUAGAUGCAGUCGAUGCGGACUCGCUGAUCCCCCUGCUCAAAAAGAUUGCUAGCGAAGGCUUCGACAUGGAGCGCAUGGCAAUGGUGAUCAAGCGCGAUCGUCAGAAAUUGCUUGCAAGCUUGGAAAGUAAGCCUGCUGAUUCAUUUGCGGACGUCAUCAUCGCCGAUAUGCUUUACGGCAAACCUGACGGGUCCGAUCUGAAAGCCGCCGUCGACGAUAUGACGCGAUUCGACGCAUUACAAAGUUGGACGUCUGAUCAGUGGGCCGCACUGUUGCGAACAUGGUUCAUCGACAACCCUCGAAAUGUCGUCAUUGGCAAGCCUUCGAAAGAGCUCGUAGCCAAGCUCAAGGCGGAUACAAAGGCGCUGGAAGAGACACGCAAACGCCAGCUCGGCCCUGCAGGAUUGAAGCAUUUGGAAGAUGUUCUGGAAGGGGCCAAGGCUGAGAACGACCGCGAUAUUCCUCCAGAGAUGCUCACGUCAUUCAAGGUGCCAAAUGUCGACAGUAUCAAGUGGAUCACAGUGGGAACUGGCAUCAACGAGGUGGCGGCAUCAAAGCUGAUCACGGCGUCUGCUCCCCGCGAUCCGAGCUCUCGCACCAUCGACAGCCAGGUGCAACAGCACAUCGAGAAUGACGCUAGUCCACUCCCUUUCUUCGUUCAGUGGGAUCACGUCAAGAGUGCAUUCGCCACCGUCACUCUCCUGUUCAACACGAAACACAUUCCUUCACAUCUACGAGGCCACCUCAAUCUAUACCUCUCUGCCUUUUUCUCUCUGCCUGUGACCCGAGCAGAUGGCACCAAGUUGCCUUAUGAAGCAGUAGUCAAGGGCCUGGACGAGGACACGCUCGGUUACGAGAUGGGCCUGGGAGCAGGUUCAGGAUUUGCAGAGCUCCUGACGAUCGAGCUCAAGGUGGAGAGCAAGAACUACGCGAAAGCGAUCGCAUGGUUGCGGGAUUUGAUAUGGGGUGCAGAAUUGUCCGUGGAGCGUCUACGCGUUACGGCUGCCAAACUUCUGCAGUCUCUGCCGGAGCAGAAACGGGAUGGACGUGCCAUCUCGUGGGCAUUGUCAAGGUCUCUUACCCACUCCAGGGACCUUUCGACCAAUGUGGCCAACUCAGUUCUGAGCAGCCUGGAUACGAUCCCUGCACUUGCUGAGCGACUAGGCGCUGUCGAAGGCAAGCCAUCCGAGCCACAGAGCGUCGUGCAAGAGCUUGAUGAGGUUCGACAGGCGCUGUUCCGACCAGAACUGAUGCGAGCAAGUGUUGCCGGGGAUGUGCUCGGACAAGCCCACCCGCGCAAAGAUUGGCUCGACCACUUCGCUACUGGUCAGAGCUGGCCACCGAACCCCACUGAGCCAGUGACAUGGGCGCAUGAAAUCCUAACCGAGAUUGGCAAAAAGCCCCAACGCAAGGGUAUUCUGUGCGCAAUGCCUACGAUCGAAAGCUCAUACGCUGUUUUCACGGCCAAAGGCCUCCAUGGCUUUCAGCAAGCGGAUUCUGCUGCCAUGACGGUGACCCUGGGAGUCUUGAACGCAAUGGAGUCUUACUUGUGGCGCUUUAUUCGCGGCGCCGGCCUGGCAUACGGUGCUUCUAUCCGAAACGACGCCGAAGCCGGCCAUAUCACCUUUUCGCUGUACCGCAGCCCGGAUUCGGCAAAGGCAUUCUUGGAAGCCAAGAAAGUCAUUACUGCGCUUGCGGAAGGCACAAUGGCGAUCGACGCGACCACUCUGGAGAGCGCCAAGAGCUCUCUGCAUUUCUCUGUGGCUGACUCCGAAGGCACAGUGAGCCAAGCAGCUACUCAGAGUUUUGUCGAUGCUGUGCUCAAAGGCACGGGCAAAGGCAGAGGCCGACGAUUAUUGCAAGACAUUGAAAAUGUUGGUCUUGCGGACAUCAAGCGUAUUCUCUCGCAGUACGUCCUGCCCCUCUUCGAUCCGGAAACGUCCAUCUGCGCAAUCGCCGCCUCACCGUCGCGCGCUGCGGAGAUGGAAGAGCAACUCAGCAAGUUGGGUUAUGAAAUGGAAAGGAGAGAUCUUGGUGGCGAGGAUGACGAUCUGAGCGGAUCGGAUGGUGAUGAAGACGACAGCAUGGAUAGCGAGGACAGCGACGAAACCGACGCAAGCGAGGACGCUGGUCGAGGCAAACUUUGA